AGGGUUCGGAUUUUAGAUUAGGGUUUAGAUGAAGGUUAAGGUUUGGGUUUUGGGGUUUGGAAUCUGGGAUGAGGUUCGGGGGGAAGGGGAAAGGGAGGAAGUGCUGCGGCUUUCUGGAUGUCUGAUGUCUGCUGCUUUGAAGGAUUAGGGAGAAGGAGGUGUAUGGAUUGCAGUUUCUUGGGGUAGAUGUGUUGAUGGGCUUUGGGGGUUUGUUUGUUUGUAGGUAUGUAGAUUUUCAAGAUCAUUGGAGAGGAAAUGAGGGGGGAAGGAAGGAGGGAACAAUAGGUAGGUACAAUGAGAAGAGUGCGAAUAGUGGUAGGAUGUUUGUGCUUUAUUCUUGGGUCUUUUGGGGGUGGUAUAUUAAUUUUUCUCUUGGGCUUUUGUGAGAGGGGUUAGGGUUCUUGAAGCUGUGAUGUUCGUGUCUUGGCUUGUUCACAGGAAGUUCAUUUCCUAGUGUUGUUGUCAUUGGCCUUCUUUUUCUGAGAGGAUGAUUUAUGGUUGGUGAUAAGGAGGAAAGGGAUUUUGAGCUUGAGGGAGGCAGAUGGGAAGUAGAAGUGAAAGCGGAAGUGAUGCAGUGGAUAAAUUGGAGUGAGGGAGAGGGCUUGAUAUGGGAGUCUAAAUUUUAUGGUGGGAUUGUGUUUGAUGAUCAGAUCGAUCUUGGUAAUUCUGAGGUUGAUGAUUUGAGGGCUGAUGAAAUACGCAGAGCAAACUGGUGGUUUACAAAUGUUGAUGAAUGA